CUCUCUUUCUCUCUGUCAAAGUGUGUUUUUUAAGCAGUGGCGAAAGAUUUUAUUAGGGUUUGGCCGUUUGGGCUCUUAGUCCGGUGAUUCUGCCUGUGUUUUAUAUGAAUAAUAUAAUCGUGAUGCCUUUUUUUUUUUGUUUUUUUUUUCUGUUUAAAUUUUCGUUUUUGGUUUUUUAGUCUCUUCUUUUCCCCUCGUUAUAUGUACAUUGUUGAAAACAAAACUGUAGGAAUUUAUAGUCUGGGUAAAAAUUAGGACAUAAAUUUUUUAUUUUGAUUAAUUUUUUGAAAAUAAAGUUUACAGUUGUCCUGCAAACCUAGGUGUAGAAAACACUAAAAUUUUGAUUUAGCCAUACAUAUGUUAUUCUGAUAAACAUUGAUAUUGCUGAUAAUUUUGAUGAUUGAGAGCUAUUUGGUUUUUGAAAAUGAGUAAUUAUAAAGUAACUCUGAACUUGAGCCCUUCUCUGUGCAUUUCAACUCCUUAGAGGCUUAGAACUUUGCUGAUUAGCUCCCUACACUACUACCCCUCCUUUCAAUUGCCAGUACCCUGCUUCAAUAAUGAGUAUUUGCACUUCUAUAUCUAUUCUUUAUGUUGUAAUAGUUCAAGUUCUAUAGUAUUGCCAUGUAGCUUAAGUUUAGUGGUUUUUUGGGGGUAAACCAUGAGGUGUUCCAGGUCUAUCUCCAUCCGUCUUACGGUACGGGUCCACUCGGCUAAUCCCUGGCCCAAGUGGAAUUGUUACUUGUGGGAAUCAAACUCGGGUUAUCCCAAGGAUCGUCCCACAAAGAAGUUCAUUUACCACUUGAGCUACCCCUUUGGGUUAAGUUCAGUGGUUAUUUGAGCACUUCUCUAUGCAACUGAACUUCUCGAAACUCUGCUCACUAGUUGUUUGAUAAGAUGCUGCUGCAUACAUUCCUUACACGUGAAAACAAAAGUGAUCCUCUCCCUAUACUUGUAAAUAUUUCAUCACCUACUUUAACCCUCCACCAAUAAAUUGUCUUUGACCUUCCAAUUUCUUAUAGUCCCCUUCUACUUCUAGUGUUUUGAUCCGGGAGACAAUUAGUGAGUUGUUGCCUUGUGGGAAUUUUGUUUUAAUAGAUUGGGUUUUUAUUUGGAUUUGGGCCCUAGCAUAUGCAUAAAAUUCCAAAUCUUGAACACAUCAGCAAUGUCUCCAAUUUCAGUAUUCUAUGCAUGUAGUUGCCACGUAAGUGGUCUGUAUAUAUAGCUGCACACCAGGAAUGAUAGGCAAACUUUUACUUUAAACUCUGUACUAUUUAGUUACUUUCAGAGAAACUUAGAAACACUCCUUCCUACUACUACUGUGGUAUAGGACCGAGCAUUUGCUGCUUUCCUUGAUUAGUACUAUAUGCUCUAAAAGUAUACUGUGAAUACUGAUUUAGCUUGAAGACAGCAGGAACAUAUCCCAUUUUGCUGUUCACAAUCUGAAAUUACGGGGUAACUUGAAAUGAAGCGAGGAAGAAAACCAGAUGGAGCUUCACCUUCUCAGCCUCUGGCAGAUUCUGAAACCGUGGUCCUCAAUUUGAUCAAAGGCAAAAAGAAUAUGGGAAUAUGGUUAGCAGACAUCAAGAGAGAGGCGAAGCUUCAACCAGCCGUGGUCGAUAAAUCCCUGGCUUCACUCGUGAAAAAGAACCUUAUAAAACAGGUUAAAAACAUACAAAAUAAAGCAAGGAAGCACUACAUGGCAGUGGAGUUUGAACCGUCAGAAGAGCUCACCGGUGGUGCCUGGUACAACGAGGGAAAUCUCGAUAAAGAACUCAUCAAUAUUCUCAAAGAGACAUGCCUCAAGGUCAUAAAUAAACUGCAAGUUACCACUGCACAGGGAAUUUUUGAUUUCCUCAAGGACAGGAAAGCUAUCAACUGCACGAUCGGACAGAUAUCAGAGAUCCUGCGCUCGAUGGUUUUGGACAAUGCAAUUAUAGAGGUAAAGAGCAGCGGAUUGGGCGAGUAUCAUUCUAUUCCACUUGGAGCAGUUUGCUAUAGAAUCGCCAGCGCAGCCACCGCGACAGGUCCAAAAACGGUUGGCGCAAUGGCGUCAAUUCCUUGUGGUGUUUGCCCCAGGAUUAACGAGUGUACACCUGAUGGAAUCAUCUCCCCUAAAACAUGUGAAUACUACACUAAAUGGUUGGAAUUCUAGUAAUACGCCAAGCUGAUGUUCUGCCUCAUUUUUUUUAUUUUUUUUUUUUGGAUACUAUUAGAUAGUGUGUGUGUGUGUGUUUUCUUUACCAUGAAAUCUUUGGGUUUAUGGAAAAUGAUUUAUUUUUUUAAAAGGUAUUUCAUUUUCUAGUA